GCACUCUCCUCUGUUUCGCUCGACUUCAAGCGCACCUGGUCCGCCGCGGUCGCAGUCGUCCUCGCUAGUCUAGCCAGCUCCGUAGUCGGCAGCAUGCGCCCGUCAAUGCAGCCUGCGCGGCCAUUCGUCAACUGGCUCAAGAAUCCGCACUCUAAAAAGGUGCCAGCGGGCAAGGGCCAGCCCAGCAAGUCCGCUACCGUGCUUGCUACGGUCCAGAAGGAGGGCGCGCUCCGCCCACACCUCAAUAUCCCUGUGAACCCGAACCAUGGCUUGUAUGCGUUCUUCAGAAGGAAGGUGGUGGAUGGCGAGGUGAAAUACGACACUAUUGAGGCGUUCGACUCGACGCAGGUCGUGAGCGGUCGUUCUUGGGCCGCCUCUGAGCUACGUCGGAAGAGCUUCAUGGAGCUCCAUACCCUGUGGUAUGUCCUAUUGCGAGAGCGAAAUCUGCUCGCAACGCAAGAAGCAGAUGCCCGACGGCUCGGCAUCAUUGUUGAGUCGCUGCAAACUCAGGACAAGAGGACUCGCAGGUGUCGGAAGAGUAUGGCUCGCAUCAAGUACGUCACAAACGAGCGACGUCUGACAUACGAGCGGGCCGUGCAAGCCUACGAACAACAGAGGGAAGCGGCUGUUGCUACAGAAGCCGAGGCUGAACAGCGGGCCCGGGAGAAGGAGGAGGCUAGGGUCAAGGCGGAACAUGCGGCGCAAGUCGCUGCCGCGAAGCGGGAGGCGGCUGAAAAACAGUCGGCGGCGAGACUGGUCGGUGCAGGGUUGUUCGAGAAUGCGCCGCAAGGCACAGAUUCGCAAAGCGGCAGCGAAAACAGGAGCUCGUAGACAAUGCUUAUAGUACAGUCCUGAUUUAUAUUACUUCACUCGGGUAUGACACCUUGCAAACACUACCC